AUGGAAGAGAAGAAGAAAGAGGAGAAACCAGAAGAACAACUUACAGAACCUGAGUCAGCUUUCCCAGAAGCCUUACUAGAAUUUCAAAUUGAGACAAAAGAAGCAAGAAUUGAUCGAGUUUUGUUUGAUCUGAAACAAGUAGAAAAAAAGAACAAAGAAUAUCAUGAAAGAAAUGACCUUCUGAAGGAAGAACAGCAGGCACACAUCAGGCGCAUACUAAGACAAAUAGAAGAAGUGGAGAAAGAAAAAGACGAAAAGGAGGUUGUAACUAGGGAUGAUGUGGAAGAGUCACUGAAAGCAAAAUGGCAGUAUGUUAAGGACAAAGAACAACUUCUGAAAGAUCUGCGCUCCCAAAUUGAAGAAACUGGCCAAAGACUUUCAGUAAAGCAGAGUGAGAGGGAUUAUUGGUUGGAGUACAAAAAUGUAGGCAGUAAAAUACAGGCCAACAAGAUUAUGAAUCUGGAAAAAGACAUCAAGGAAGUCAAAGAUGACCUUCACAAGGCUACAGAACAUUAUAGAAAUGCUUUGGAAGCUGUGAAAGAAGAAAAUGACAGACUGGUUGAGAAACACAUGAAGUUAAGUAUGGAACAGGCCCCUGAGAAAGCCGUAAGAUGCUUAGACAAAAACAGUCGCAGAGAAAUUGAAGAGAAUAAAUGGCUAAAAGAAGAGGUUAAGGUGUACCAAAAGGAAGUAAGUGAUUUGAAAGCCUCUAUUCAGCUCCUGGAGGAAGAAAAUAUCUGUUUAGUGACAAAACUGAUUGAUAGCAGACUUCAGAAUCUGAGAGUACCCAGGCAUUUGUUUCUUACCCAGGCAGCUGGCUUGCAAGAUGAAUUUCCUAAGGAUGAAAUGAAAGUAGAGUAUAGAGAGUAUGCAGCAAAGACAGAUGGAGAUGAAAGCCUCAGACGUGCCACAGUCCCCUGUCAGAAAGAAAAGUUUCGGUCUAACACGGAGAAAGACAGUGAUGAGAAGCUGUGGGAAAAGUCACUCACUCCAACUCUUGAUGGCUCGUUGCACAAAGAUGAAAAAGAUUUCCAGGAAUACUUAAAACUGGGUCCUCUGGAGACAAAGCUAAUGUGUGUGGUUGGAAGAGCCAUGCCUAUUCAUAAACAGCCAGAAGAAAUGCCAGGCGGAAGCCACGCGGAAGAUGGCAUUAGUGGUAAAUCAGACAGGCGCAUCACAGCUCAGAUGAUCAAGGCCUUAUCUAAAGAAAAGGUUGGUUAA